GUAGGUCUCAGUUCGGCUAUAUCUCUGUCGCUUUGGACGUAAAAAGCUAACAAGAUGAAGUGCCUUCUUGCAAUCACAGUCGUGUUACUGGGUUCAUCUCAGGGCUUUUACGUUGAACGAAACCCCCACCAACAACUAGCCAUCGCUCGCCAAUCCCGGAACCAACCAACGAUUUUCCAGUCCCUAGGCGACUUGUUCCACCGAAUGCACGCAACCGCCACCAAGAGAUGCGCUUACCUCCUAGACGAAGCCUGCAACAACGGGGGCAUACCUGGAGCAGGCUCGGACAGCGACUGGCUGACCCAAGGCUUCAACCCCGGAAAGAGAUCCUCAAAAGUCUUGGAGGAAGAGCCGGAUAACGACUUGAACCCAGAACCAGACGACGACCGGCCGAAUGGCGACUUCAACCUCGGCAAGCACUGCGUCAACGCCAUGGACGAAUCCUGCGACAACGAAGAAAUUCCUGGGGCUGGGCCAGAAAGAGAUUGGUUGCAUAGAGGUUUCCACCCUGGCAAGCCUGGUCUUCAUCCCUUCGAAGAAGAUAACGAUGUUCCUGUAGCCGCGGCUGACGGUGGUUGGUUGAGUAGUUUUAGUAUAGUCUGUCCCAACUUCAUGGACGUUUGCGGAAAUGUAGGCGUUCCAGGAUCUGGAGCAGACAGGGAUUGGUUGGAAGAGGGGGGAGGUAAUCCAGGUAAGAGGCGAUUGAAUGGUAUUCCUGGAUCCGGUAAAGACAACGACUGGUUGCAUGGGGACAACACGCCUGGCAAACGAUGAAGACUAUCUAGACUGCUUGUUAGUUAUUUUUGGUACGACUGAUUUAAUUAAAUAUUCCCAAAAUUUAUAACGCUACUUCAAAUACCAAUAAAAACAGAUAGGAGCAUAA